AACAGUGCAAAACCACCAGCAGAACCAGCCAAGCCAGCAGUAAAACCUGCAAAACCUGAUCCAGAAAAGCCAGCAGCAAAGCCAGAAAAGCCAUUGAAGCCAGCAAAACCGGCAAAACCGGCUAAGCCAGUUGAGGAAGAAGCAGAAGCAGGCGGCGAAAAAGAAGAACCUGUUGCAAAGGAACCAGGUCGCCCACAGCAGCACCCCUUCUUACGACCCGACACCAUUUACUCGGCUGGUGAUAGGAAACCCAGCAGGGUAUGGGUAUCACGGGUACGGGUCUCCAGGCCUAAAUUACAACGACGACCCGGCCUGGCUCAUGCCCGACCUGGCCUGGGAGUCGAUGUUCAGCUUCGGGUUCCAGCAACCUGCCGGAUCACAGCGACCUCUGGCGUACCUCAGGCUACCCUAUUGGAUCACAGCUACGGACAAUGGUACUUACGCGGUCUACGAUGGCCCCAGCAUGAAUACCUACUACGACAUACCAGGGCCGCAGCAGUACUCGAAUCCCGGGUACGCUGCCCCAGCAGCACCAGCGGUGUACCCACCGACUGCUGGGUACCCCGGGAGGGACGAGUACCCGUAUUUGAAUCCCGAGCCGCAUAACAAUUACAUGAUGGGUUCUCAGCAGGGGUACAAUAACCCGUGGAUGCCAUAGCGUUGAUCAUUCAGCACAUACAGAAAUGAAGAAAGAAAAAUUAUAUUGAAAUCAUCUGAUGAGAAAGCUUAUGCCCUAAUUUUACUCGCUGCUGAUGAUGCUGAUGGUUAUUGAUACAAUUGAAAAUUGAGAAAAUAAAACGAAUUUUCCCGAACAUUCUAUAAAAUCUGUCCGUCUAUUAUUUUGCUUUGUUUGAUUUUCUAUGCGAGCCUCUCAUCCUUAUAGAUGGGAAAGAAAAACAGCUGGAAAAUAAAAUUAUACUUGAACUGUAA